AAAGACAUCCUUUUCCUCAUCCACAUUCUUCCAACCUCUCUCCUCUCUCUCUCUCUCUCUCUCUCUCGCUUCACACACACACACACUGAAACUUCCUCAAGUAGCUAUAGCAAGUAAAAUUAACUGUUCUUAGCAUUCUCUUGAAGCAUAUACUUUGAUGAUGAUGAUGCUAGUUGAUUACCAACAAGGUGUGGUUGUUUAAGAGCUAAUUAAAUUGUGGCUAGUUAUAUAGGUUUGAAGUCAAUCCAUCUCGGGAUCCAUUCACCUUUCUCUCGGCUUUUUCCUCUUUCUCUCUCUCACUCUUUGUGGCAUGUUCUCAAUAAUAUCUGAAAAGUUUGAAGAAUAGAGAAAUUAAAGCUAUAUAUUAGUAAGCAGGAUCCAUGAGCUGAAGAGAUCAGAUCCAUUCAUUCCCUAUCUCGUAUUAUCCUUUUCAGUGUUUGGUGGUGGAAGAAAAUAUGUCCAAUUUGACGUCUGCAUCCAGUGAAAUAAGUGCUUCUUCAGGAAUCAGGAAUGACAACGGUUCUUCUCUCUAUGCUCAAUAUUCCUCUACUUCAAUAAGUCAAGAACCACAACCUAAAAAGAAGCGAAGUCUUCCAGGUCACCCAGACCCUGAGGCAGAAGUGAUAGCAUUGACUCCGCGGACCCUUUUGGCAACAAACAGGUUCGUUUGUGAGAUAUGUCACAAAGGGUUUCAGAGAGACCAGAACUUGCAGCUUCAUAGAAGAGGGCACAAUUUGCCAUGGAAGCUGAAGAAAAAGAGCAGCAAAGACGACGUGAGAAAGAAAGUGUAUGUGUGCCCAGAGGCAACAUGCGUUCACCAUGACCCUUCAAGGGCCCUUGGGGACCUCACUGGAAUCAAGAAGCACUUUUUCAGGAAACACGGAGAGAAGAAAUGGAGGUGUGAGAAGUGCUCCAAACUCUACGCGGUUCAAUCAGAUUGGAAAGCCCACUCCAAAAUCUGUGGCACCAAAGAAUAUAAAUGCGACUGUGGUACCCUUUUCUCUAGGAGGGACAGCUUUAUCACUCACAGAGCCUUCUGUGAUGCCUUAGCACAGGAAAGUAGUAGAGUAGUGAACCCUCACCCUCUUCUAUCAACUCAAUUUCGUAGUCAUGGCCUUCAGCUUCAAGCACCAUCACUUCUGAAAAGAGAACAUGAUCACUUCAACUUAUUAACCUCAGAAAUUCCAUCAUGGUUAACUUCUCCAACAGUGGUAGAAGAAGCAAUAUUGCUAAACAAUCAAACCAUAAGAACCACCUCAGAUUACUUCUCCAAACCACAGUUAUUCCCAACAGCACAUGUCAACAAUAACCACUCCUUACUCCAUGAUCAAAACCCUAACCCUAAUACUACUACAACAACCACUUUUCUUUCUUCUUUGAGUUCCUUCCCUAAUUAUUCCACUUCUUCUUCUUCUUCUCCUCACAUGUCAGCGGCUUUGUUGCAAAAAGCCUCACAAAUAGGCGAAACAGUGAGCAGUGCACCUUCACAAGCGAUGCUGGUUAGACCCCACUUGUUACUGCAGCAGCAGGUUCACGUGCCCGAAUGUACAACAACAACAGCAAUUGCAACAACAGGGUAUAAUAUCAAUAUGGCUUCAUCUUCAGCCGUUUCUGGAAUGGUUAUUAUGCCUUCACGUGAAGAAAUAGGGGCUCUUGGGUUUGCUAGUGGCAUGGCAUCUUGAUCAGGGAAUAAAGCUGCUGCAAUUGCCUCUGAUUACUUGGAAAGAAGGUGCUGCCAACGUUGCAGAAGCUAGCUAGCUAUAUAUAUCAUCCAGCAUCUUCUCUCUUUUCCAUGAUAUAUGAUGGCUAUAGUAGUAUAAUAGUACUGUGCCUUCUGCCAGUGGCUAAAUUUGUGGAAGCUAUAUUAUGAAUAAGUCUGAGGGACAUGUUUAAUCUACCAAGAGAUGGAUAAUGUUAACUUUCAGGAGCUUGUUUAAAAAAAACAACACAUCAUAUAAAUUUUGACCAAUUUUCAUUUAAAUUUUAAAA